AUGUCAGUGACAAAACACACAUGCGUGAUAAGGGUGAAUCUCUUUCUUUUUCUGCCGGAUACUUCUGAAUACCAGGAGUAUGGAUCGGUUGGUUGUGUUAUAGUUGGCACGCUAAAUAGCCCGCCGUUGUACAAAUUAGGGUGCUAUAACGAGAAAAACGAGUAUAUAUGUACUGCGAACAUUACAACUAACAACGAAACCGGUGCCUGUAUUGCAUUGCAAGCAGGAGGAUAUAUUUCUUUUAAAGAUGAGCAAGGCAAAAUCUGGUCUAUGCAAUUUGAAAGUGAAAAUCAAGCUAUUGAAUUCUGCUGUCAUGUGGUUGUGGCAAUGUAUGGGGCGUCAGGCCAUCCAGAUCAAAGUAUUCUUGCAUGUGAUGUUGCCAUUGGAAAAUGUGAUCGUACCGUAUUUGCCAACGAUAUAGUAAAGGUGCGUUAUCAAAGUUGGGUAGUUCAAUUUGAAGCGUAUGGGAGCGAGCUUCCUAUUCUCGGAAGCAAAUUGGAUGGCAAUUUGCAGGCUGAUAAACCGUGCACCUUAACUAUUCCCGUUAAUCAUAUGAGUGUUACUCCUGAAAUGAAAGGGUUUGAGGGGAUGGUUAUAGGAAUGGGGGAAGAAGGAUCUCGUGUGAUCAUUGUUCCUGUUCGAGCAAAACGUGGUAGCGGACCUUCAGUGCACAUGUGUUUUUAUACUCAUUUGGUGAAGAAAAAGGAUCUUUCACAUGUGGCGCAAGUUGGUACCUCUGUUGCAGUGCCUUUGGAUAAAAAUUCAUCUUUGCAGGUCAUGGAUGAAUCUAGAUUAGUGUUUUCAAAUAAAAAAGAUCAUGCUAUUCCACGCCCAAAAUCUCCACCACCAGGUUUUAAUAGAGAACAGUUAUUGAUUGUGGAUCGAAUGCGCGACCAAGUUCAGUGCUUUUUCAACAGCUACAGGAGGCUCGACGACAGCUUGAUGU